GGCGAGAUGCCGCUGUGCGUGAAGCGAGAGACAGCGAGCCUGUCUUUCCCCCGCUCGCCCCCGUGUACAUGGUAGGUGCCGGCUUGCUGCCUGUCUGCAUCGGACUGGAAACACCGCGGGCUCCACUGCGGCGCAGCAUCACUGGAAAUUAACCUGCGUGUUGUUACUGCUGCAGUUUCACCUGCAACCCUCGCCUCAACAUGACCCAGGGAAAGCUCUUUGCCAUGGGCAAGACGGCGAACACAGAUGGCGAACAGGGGGUGGACCCCGAGAAACAGGAGCCUGUGGACCCCGUGACUGCGCCACCCACCUACGAGGAGGCCACGUCAAGCUGCAAGGUUAACAGCCCCUCUACCUCGGUGCCCAUGCACCCCAGCUGGGCCUACGUGGAUCCCAGCCGAAGCCCCAGUUAUGGAAGCGGGGGUUACUCCGGAGAGAGCGAGAUAUUUUCCUCGUUCAGCUGGGACGACAAGAACGUUCGACGGAUCUUCAUCAGAAAGGUCUACAUUAUCCUGAUGGUUCAGCUCUCCUUCACAGCCGCCAUCAUCGCCCUCUUCACCUUCUGCAACCCUGUCAAGGUUUACAUUCAGGCGAAUCCUGGCUGGUAUUGGGCUUCAUAUGUCAUCUUCUUUGUUACAUACCUGACCCUGGCGUGCUGUAGUGGACCAAGGAGAUAUUUCCCAUGGAACUUGAUUCUGUUGACCAUUUUUACUGCAAGUUUGGCAUGCAUGCUUGGAUUUAUUUCGAGCUACUACAACACAAAGUCAGUCCUGCUAUGCUUUGCCAUCACAGCACUGGUGUGUUUUGCCGUGACAAUAUUCAGCUUCCAGACAAAGUUUGACUUCACCUCCUGCCAAGGUGUGCUGUUCGUUCUGUUGCUGGUCCUCUUCAUCAGCGGACUUGUCCUGGCCAUUGUGUUGCCGUUUCACUACAUUCCCUGGCUUCACGCUGUUUAUGCCGUGCUGGGCGCGAUCAUCUUUACAAUGUUCCUGGCCUUUGACACGCAGCUUCUGAUCGGAAAUCGGCGCUAUGCUAUCAGCCCUGAGGAGUACAUCUUCGGGGCGUUGAACAUCUACUUGGACAUCGUUUACAUCUUCACCUUCAUGCUGCAGAUCUUUGGUUCCAGCAGAGAAUGACCAGGGCCGCAACCAAUCACCUCGACUUCACAUAGACCAUCAGGUGGCUUCUAGUCCCAUAAAAAUCCACCAGCCACAGCAGCAUCUAGAGCUAAAGCAAGGGACCUCGCUGAAACCCAGUCAUUCCAGUGUGUCCUGUAAUUUCCUAAUGGUUCGACCCAUUUUGUGUGUGACUGUAACUGUGAAUCUAGUCUACGGUCGAUCUACACAAGCUUCUAGCUAGACGCAUGGCCGCAGUACAUAGGCUUGUGUAUUUUGGGCUUCCAGCGCUAAUUCUUUACGGUUAGGCCUGCUUCCUUGUAGUUCCCAAAGGCUUUAACUCCUCCUCCCAUUCCCAUUCCCAUUCCCACACCGACCUUCCUGUCCCGGGCCUCCUCCACUGUCAGAGUGAGGCCCAGUG